AUGCUGUUGCAUUGGUUCCUUCAAGUGCUCUUCUUUUGGAGCCAAUUGCAGACUGUAAGUGGGUUUACACAGUAUCUUUUGAAAAGAUGUGAUCAAGCUGGAUUCUGCACAAGAAAUAGAUACUAUGCUGAAAAUAUUCAGAAGACUCGUGCCUCUUACUAUACCAUUGAGGAUUCAAGUGUUCAUUACGAUGAAAGCGACAAAACUCUUUAUGCAACAAUUAUAAAAUCAAUUCCACCAAGUGAGGAUAAGGACAGUAUAACCAAGAUAGAACUGCCAUUUGCAUUGCAAUUGUUACAAGAUGGUUCUUCAGUUAGAUUUAUCAUUGACGAAAAUCGUCCACACAAGGAUUACUUACCCGAGGCAUUAAAUCAAAGAAGGUAUAAUGAAACUAGUAAAUGGGCUUUCACCAAUUUGCACAAAAAAAUUCCCUAUGUAAAGAAGGGAACUACCUUUAACAAGCAUAAAAUUAUCGUUGAAGAAGAUCCUGAUUAUGUGGGUAAUCUAAGUCUGGAGCUAUUCACCGAUUCAUUUCUCAUCAAGGUUUACUGGAAGGAUGAAUUAGCUAUGGUGGUCAAUGAGAGGUCCCUUCUGAAUUAUGAACAUUUGAGAGCUGAAACUGAAAAUGAACAAAAUCUUUUACCUGAGGAAUCCGAUUUUAACAUGUUCCACGAUAAUUUCAAAUAUUCUAAGGCCGAUACUUUGCCAUUCGGUCCUGAAUCAGUUGCAUUGGAUUUCGCCUUCAACGGAAUUGAGAAUUUGUAUGGAUUACCAGAACAUCCUGAUUCCUUCAGAUUAAAGGAUACUACUGAUGGCGAACCAUACCGUUUGUAUUCUACUGACGUUUUCCGUUACGAUAUUGGCACUAAAAUGCCUAUGUAUGGUAACAUCCCUUUUGUUAUUGGCAAUAAUCCAAAGGCAGCUGUAGGUCUUUUUUGGGUUAAUGCAGCUGAUACUUGGGUGGAUUUAAAGUAUCAAAAGAGCAAAACACAAACCCAUUGGAUGUCAGAAACUGGUGUCAUUGAUGUAGUAUUAUUCUUUGCCGAUACACCUGACCAAAUAUUGAAUAAAUAUACAAAUCUAACAGGUAGACCCAUGCUACCUAAACAGGCCGCUGUCGGUUAUCACCAAUGUAGAUGGAAUUACAACGAUGAAUUAGACGUUUUGACCGUUGAUUCUAAUAUGGAUAAGGGCCAUUUCCCUUAUGAUAUCAUUUGGUUGGAUAUAGAUUAUACCGAUGAAAAGAAAUUUUUUACUUGGAAACCAAGUGCUUUCCCCAAUCCUGCCAGGAUGCUAAAGAAACUAGCUAAGUUGGGCAGAGAAUUAGUGGUCCUAAUCGAUCCUCAUUUGAAAGCAGGUUAUGAGAUUAGCGAUGAGAUAAUUGAAAAUGAUGUUGCGAUUAAAAACCAAAAGGGUAAAACAUUCUAUGGUACUUGUUGGCCAGGUAGAUCUGUGUGGAUUGACACAUUUAGUGAACUUGGUCGUAAAGUUUGGGGCAGCUUUUACGACGCCUUUUUGAAUGGUGCUAAGAAUUUGAAUAUCUGGAAUGAUAUGAAUGAACCAUCUAUCUUUGAUGGUCCAGAAACUACUGCACCAAAGAAUUUGAUCCACGACGGGGGAUUUGAACACAGAGCCCUUCACAAUGCUUAUUCUUUGACGGUUCACGAAGCCACUCAUGAUGGUCUGUUGGAAAUCAAUAACAACAGCGUGAGGCCAUUUAUCAUCGCCAGAGGAUAUUUCACUGGUUCCCAAAGAACCGCUGGUACCUGGACGGGUGAUAAUGUUGCCACUUGGGACUAUCUCAGGGUGUCCCUCCCAAUGAUAUUGAGCAGUAACGUUGCAGGUAUGCCAUUCACCGGUGCUGAUAUUGCCGGCUUCUUUGAAAAUCCUGAAGAUGAAUUAGUGGUUAGAUGGUACCAGGCAGGUUUAUGGUACCCAUUCUUCAGAGCACAUGCUCACAUUGAUUCCAAUAGAAGGGAACCUUUCUUGUUCAAAGAUCCUAUCAAGAGCUAUGUGCGUGACGCCAUUCAACUAAGAUACACUCUGUUACCCACAUUCUACACUGCAUUUUUCAGAUCAAGUAUUGAUGGUACACCUAUCAUGAAGCCAAUGAUCUUUGAGAAACCUCAAUAUCCUGACCUUGCCGCCGUAGAUGACCAAUUCUAUUUAGGUAAUACUGGUAUCCUGGUAAAGCCAAUUUUGGAAAAGGACGUUUCCAUCACGGAGAUCAAAGUCAGUGAAGGGGUUUUCUAUGAUUACUAUGACUUAAAACCUCACUAUGUUAACACAUUUAGAGAAGGUGAAGAUGUAGUUCAAAAGAAGAGAGCACAUGUGGUUGAGUCCAUUAGUGUAAGAGCCGGUUUGGAUAAAAUUCCAAUUCUUUUAGAAGGUGGUCACAUCAUCACCAAGAGAGAUAACUACAGAAGAUCAUCUAAACUUUACCGUAACGAUCCAUACACAUUGGUAAUUGCUCCUGAUUCGUUUGGUGACGCUGAAGGUGAAUUAUAUGCUGACGAUGGUGAAACUUUGGCUCACAAAAACGGUGAAUAUUUACACACUGUUUUCACGCUCCAACACCAUGAACUCAUCACAGGACACCCAAAGAAUGUCCCAUCUGAUCACAGAACCGCUGGUAACACAAUGAUUAACAAGAUUGUCAUCGCCACGGGCAACAAAAACAGAUUUAAUAUCAAGGACACCGUUAAAAUCAACAGAAACGGUAACUUCCAUACCGCGAAGGUCAUUAGAACAAGUCCAUUCGAAGCUGUUAUUCUGCAUCCAAUGGUGUAUGCUAAUGAAACCUGGCAAAUAGAUUUUUAA